AUGGAUCAACGGUUCGAUCCUGCCGACUACGAGCGCGUGUCUCGGCCACGAGGCGCGAGAAGGACCAUCAAUUACUUCGACCUCGAUAAGAAAGGAUUCGGUGAUGUCGAAGAGCAAGUCCAAGAAGCCAAGUCCACCAGCAAGACUGCUGGCACAAAGCGCAAGCAGAGCACUAGAGAUGACGGCCCUUCUUCGAAACGUACAAAGACGAAAGCAGACUCGAAGCGGAAGCCUCCUGUGAAAGGAGGUGCAGCUUCGAAGAACAAAGCACCGGCCAAGGCAGCAGUAUCAAAGGCGAAGGGCGCACCUGCAACGAAAGCAAGACAGGCUCCAACGCAAGGGGCGAAGGCAUCGAAAGUGAAAGCAGAUCCGAAGAAGCCCAAGUCGGCUCCUGCAAAAGCCUCAAAGCCAGAUGGAACGAAGCAGAAGUCGAAAGCUGCGCCAGGAGCAGGUCGUGGCAAGAAGACUGCAAAUGCCACAAUCGAGCAAGUCAAUUCAGAUGACACCCAGCCAGUAGAUGAUGUGCCUGAAUCUUCACCUCUUCAAGCCGAGCAGUCAUCUGAUUCGGUACCUCCCGGGCAAAACAGUCGUGAAUAUUCACCAACAGCAAACGCGGGUAAGCCCGGGCAAACAUGUGGUCCCUCGACUCCUUCCAAAAAGUCCACCCUCGACUUCGAAGCCUCCACCAUCCUUCGCUCUACACCACGACGGCAGUUUUUCUCUGCGACAUCCUUCGGCAGCCACUUCGCAGGCAAGAUGGACGAUCCAAUGUCGGACACGUCGAGCGAGUUGAGCGAUGUCCCGGGAGAUCUUGACAUGACUUCACCCCUCGAGUUCGAGAAUGCUUCGGGGGACAUUUUGCGAUCAACUGCGGAAGACCCGGUCGAACAACCACCUGCAGCGGAUGCCACUGCUCAAGACCCAGUCGAGCAGCCAGCAGCAAACAAUCCAACCUCGACCACGGCCGUAGUUGCAGAUAUGUCCGUACCACCGCAGAAUGCGCAGCCCCCAACUCUGCCACCUCCGCCAACCCCGCCUCAGAAACAGAUACGCAGUCGCCGAAACACCAAGCAGAUCCAGCGCCUUGGUAACUUCGUGCAAACCGGCUUUGCCGUCACCGAAGAUGAUGCCGGUCCGCGCAGCGACGUCGUCAUGGAGGAGAAGGCAGAUGACGACCACCAAACCUCGAGCACCGAGGAAGAAGUCGACGAGCCAUCACCGGAACCCUUGAAGAAGGGCAAGAAGCGGCUGGGACGCCCGCCGAAUGCUGCUGCUGAGAGGCAAACCAAGAGUCGCAAACCUAGAACUCUUGCUCCCAAGACUCACGCCCCCAAGACCACUACGAGGAAGCGCAAGCAGCCGGACAGUGCCGAUGGCGAGUCUGGUGCAGCGAAGAAGCGAAGAUCUUCUCUGGUUGUGAAGUUCAAGACCCCCAGAGGCUUCGAUGAGGUGGAAGGUUUGCUCACACCCCCUGAUUCUCAAGAAGACAUCGACUCACGGCCAGCUUCUGAACUCGAUCUCUCCACGGCCGACCCUGAGCUUGUCAAGCGCCACGAACUAUCCGAGAAGAUGACAUUCAGAGCACCGAUCGAUUCGAAGCCACUCACUCGCGGUCAACCAGAAGUGUGGGCCGACAGCAGACAGGCACUCUGCGAGACGACUCCAUACUAUAAGAUGCCUCAGAGCGGUUGCCAUUCAAAUGGUGGUCAUGUGUACUCUUUCCUCCUCGACAGUCGCGGCCACUGCAGAGAGUACAUGGACCCGGACGUCAUCAUCUCCAGAGCUGGAGGCUCGAUGGAGUCUGAAAAGCCUGGCCAGCUCCUGCAGAACAGCGAUCACCUCAUGAAAGACUCCCAAGUGCGGUCAGUGCUGAACAACGUCACUCUCCAGAAUCCGCUUGUCCUCAUUGGAGGAAAUCACAACGAAGGCGCGGUCUGCAAGCUACCAUAUCGAUACAAUAUCCUGGGCUGGUACAAGCCGAUUGCUGUAUGGGGCGAGAAGACACUGGGCAAACGUGGCAAGGUUUACACCACGAUCAAGUAUCGAUUCGAGAGAAUGAAUCAGGACAAGACGGCAUGGCAUGCUCCUGAAGAGAGUAUCGUCAGUGAAGAGGAUAGGCAGAUUGCAGGACCUCUCUUCCGUCAGGAAUGCGGCCACUGUCACAAGGAGUAUGCUCAGGCCUACCUCCUCGGCUGGAUGUGCUUGAAUCCGGACUGUGGCCAAUUCUGGCAGCACAACGGACGCGAUGCUCCUUACGGCUUCCUUCACUACAAUCCGGCCUUCCUUCUCGAUCGCACGCCGUGGCCUGUGGAAGAGGAGCCGUACACCAUCAAGCCAUCGGUUCCAGACGUCGGCAACGUCGUCGGCGACAACCUGACCCACGUCAAUACUCGAGGAAUUUGCUGCCCCCAAUGUGGACGAUGCAGUUCACGACGGCUGUUCAAGGGCUGGAAAUGCGACAACCCGGACUGCGAUUUUGAGAACUUCCCUAAGCACAUUCCCGUCAAAGUGCCCAUGCUUCACACCCCGAUGGACAACAUCGGCGAAGGUCCUGCUCUCGCACGAAACAACCACAUUGGCGGCGUGAGUGUUGAAGUCAGCUAUCUGCACGGCUUCAAGGCUUACAAGUACACGGUGCCGGGUGUCAACGGCAGCUUCACGCAUCUGAUCUCAAAUGCGAAGAUCAAUCGCGAGCCGGGUGGUGCGGAUGAGAUGUUUCAAGCUAUUCAAGAUCAGGAGGACCCUAAGAUGGAUUUGCAUCUGGAGAGACGGAGAUUUGGAGGGGAGAAGAUGGGUGGCAAUAAGGCUGAGCAGAAGAAGGCCGUGGGAAGACCUUCGAAGCGAAAGUCAACCUCUGAGCAGAAUGUCGACGAGACGCUGGACCAGUCUAUUCUCUUCGAUCAGUCUGCCGUCGAAGAUACCACGAUGAUGGAGCCGAGCCAGCUGGAGGACUCGCUUCUCCCAACCGCAGAGACGGAAGCAGGACAAACAACCAUCACUCCCACGAAACAGCAGCCGGCAGUCGACCGCGAAUCCGCCGACCAAUCCACCGAACCCAUCCAAGACGGCGACUUCAUGACCGCCUUCUCCAUGAACUACGGCAUGCCGUACAAAUUCGUCGCCAGCGGAGCCAGCCUCCCCUUCACCUCCGCCCCCUGGCCUGUCCGCGCCGUCCGCGCCGACCUCAACUGGGCCUCGCAAAACUUCCUCUCCAGCGAAGACCACGUCGAGUUCAACGAAGAACUCAUCUUCGCCUACCUCCAAGGCCAGAAAAUCGAAUACCACGACGACGGCGAGGAAGGCCUCGGUCCCCGCAUCGCCACCAUGUCCCUCGGCGGCAAAGCCAAGAUGAUGCUGCGUAUGAAGCAAAAGCAUUUCACGGGGUGUUCCAAGACGGGGAUCCUCACGCCCGAUCGCCCCCUCCCCGGCGGCUACAAACACUCCGAAUUCUACGAGAAACGCCUCGCCGCAUGGAACGAAAUCGAAGCCCUGAAGGACACCAACCGAUCCCUCUACGACAAGCGCCGCAAAGCCCUGCCGCAGGAACUCGGGCUCUACAGCAACAAAUCCAAACUCGCCCCGGACGCCGUGACGGUGACGCUGAAUCAUGGGGAUAUCGUGCUCAUGGAGGGCUAUGAGAUUCAGCAGUUCCUCGAGCAUAAGGUGGUUCCGGAGGGGUGUUUGCGGUUUGCGUUGACGUGUCGGGUUGUGCUUCCUGAGCAUCUCAAGGAGGGGGAGAGGCCGGAUUAUGAGGUUGAGGCGGAUGAGGAGGGGAUGAGUGCUUUGAGGCGGAUGGCGGAGAGGGAGGGAGGUGUGAAGAAGGGUUGA